UUUUUUUCUUCCAGCCCGCAGCUCCUCCACAGCAGCACUGAAAGCGCAUGUCGAAGCGCCCUUUGCUCCACGAAUACCUCUCCCUCUCUCACUCUCUCUCACACACACACGCACACACGCACACACCAACCUUUUGCACUUUGUCUCCGUUCUCCAGUUGGAAGGGAGGGGCUUCGGCUUACCCACCCUGGUAAUAUUCGCCUGCGCUUGCGGAUGCGCAUCUGGGACUCUGGGGGGGUAGACCGAGUCCAGGCGGUCUAGACCCCAGACGAUAUAGAGGCUCACUCAAAGCCGAUGAGCCCGUCGACCCCAUCAUGGUCGCCGACGAUCAACGCCUGCCGUUCCCCGCCGGCGGCGGCGGUGGUGGUGGUGGUGGCGACGACAACUAUAACUACAACUACAGCUACAACAACAAUAACAACUACAACGACAACGACAAUGGCGAUGACGGUCGACGUCUGGCCGAGAACCCGGACCAGCCGCCGCCCGUCAAGAAGAAGAAGACGCGGACGCGGACGGGGUGCCUCAACUGCCGCCGCAAGAAGCGCAAGUGUGACGAGGGCCGCCCGGCCUGCGGCGGGUGCUCGAGGCGAAAAGAGAGGUGCGAGUGGGGGAUCAAGGUGACGUUCCGCGCCGAGAACGCCCAGACGAUCCGGCGAGACCACCCGUCCAUGAAGAAGGCCCGCCACCCGCCUCUCCGCCGACAACUCGAGAUCCUCGACGUCACAAACGAGGUCAUCCGCGACUACCACUUCCCCCCCGGUCUCCAAGACUACGACUCGGACAGGGACCGGGACCCGGACCCGGACCCAGACCCAGAUCCAGACCCUGACCCCGGGCUGUCUUCGGCUGGGGAUGACGCUACCCCCGACGACCCGACGGCGAAGGCGGCAACGGCGGCGACGACGUACGAUAAUACCGAUGAAGCCAAGUUCCUCGACAGUCCCGUGUCGUACUCGACGUCGACCGUCGGCGGACGCACGGCAUCCGUCGCCGAUUCCAACACCGCCAGGAGGACGCAGUCCUUGUCUGGGCCCAGCACGGCGUCAACGGACCAGGUGGCCGCCGUGUCGGGCUUCGGUGCCCUACUGAGCCCGUCGACGCGGACAAGAGACGACGCCAGCGAGGACAAAACACACCACCCGCCGGUGGACGACGGCAUGGACUAUCACCUCUCGCCGGCGUCUACCUCACAAUUAGUCACCGACAGCGCCGUGGCGAACCUCAUCUACCUCAGCCAGGGCGGCGGAGUCCAUGGACAUAGUCAUUAUCAUCAUCAUCAUCAGCAGCAGCAGCAGCACCAGCAUCAGCACCAGCAUCAUAGUAGUAACCAACAAGAACACCCUCCGCCGACGGUCCCCGGCAGCAUCCCCGUUACGACGCUACCCGUGGACCCCCUGUUGGACGCGCCAUUCGACUUCAUGGACCAGAUCUUCACGCCCGAGGGCUCGUACGAAGACGGCAUCUUCCUCCCGGGAUCGGCCUACCACGAACUACACUCUACACUGCGGAACCACCUGAUCCAGGAGGUCCGGUCCACCGGCCCGACGAGGCCGGCAUCCCCGGCUUCCGGCCAGAACUCCGGACAGAGAUCCACCGACGCCGUUUCGGGACCUUCAUCGCUGUCGCUGUCGUCGCUAUCGUCGUCGUCGUCGUCGUCGCUGUCGUCCUCGGCAUCAACCGAAGCAGCCGAAGAAACGACGGCCGCCGCCGGCGAGACAAUACCCUCGGACCACGAACCCCCCUUUCUACCCCCGAACGAGGAGUGCGCGCUGUGGAAGAACUGGGUGGACGAGAUCUCCCCCUGGCUCGACAAGUUCGACAACCAGCGGCACUUCCAGCACUCGCUGCCGACCAUGGCCCGGUCCCACGACCACCUCCGCUACUCCAUGCUGGCCCUCUCGGCGCGCCAGCUCGAGCUCAAGGACCGCAGCCGGCCGACGGACCAGAGCCUGGCGCUCUACCAGGAAGCGAUCCACCUGCUGCUGCCGCAGCUGCCGACGCGGACGACGGCCGUCAUCGCGUCGUGCGUCGUGCUCUGCGUACUCGAGAUGGCCAGCUGCUCGCCCAAGGCGUGGCGGCGCCACCUCGACGGCUGCGCGAGCCUCAUGCAGGCCGUCGGCAUGAACGGCUUCGUCGGCGGCGUCGAGCAGGCGCUCUUCUGGUGCUUCGUCCGCAUGGACGUCUGCGGCGGCCUCAUCUCGUCCGUCCGGACCCUCAUCCCCGUCGGCCACUGGGCGUCCGGGUUAGUCGACAACGAGGACAACGAGGGCAACGACGACGACAACAACCUCGAGGCCGACGCCGGCCGGUUCCUCGCCCACAACGACCGCGGCCACGACACCUGGGCCAACUACGCCGUCUACCUCUGCGCCCGGGUGCUCAACCUGCUCGCGCCGCUGGCCAAGGCCAACCCGGGCGGCCUCUUCUUCGACGGCGGCGGGCUCCCGACCAACGACACGCAGUACCGGGCCCGGUGGAUGCGGCUCUGGCGCCUCGUCGAGGACUGGCACACCCGCCGCCCGGCCGAGAUGCGGCCCAUCAUGACCAUCCCCCCCUCGUCCGACGACGCCGAGCCGUUCCCGGCCAUCCUCUACAGCAACCCGGCCGCCAUCUCGGGCAACCAGCUCUACCACACGGCGGCCCUGCUGAUGCUGCAGAACCGGCCGGCUUCGCUGCGCCCGUCGCCGCGGCCGCGCUCGGCGCUCUGGCACGCCCGCCAGAUCUGCGGCAUCUCCAUGACGAACCACCACCACGGCGCCUGGACCAACAGCGUCCAGCCGCUCUGGAUCGCCGGCCGCUGCAUGAGCCACCCGGCCGAGCACCGCGCCAUCCUGCGGCUGCUGGACAAGAUCGAGAGGGAGAGCGGAUGGGGCACCAAGUGGAGGGCGGACGACCUGAAGGACUUUUGGGGCGACCUGGGAGACGGUUAGUAUCCCGUGACGUGCCGACAUUCACUCACUCACACUCAUAAACACUCAUAAACACUCAAACACUUACUCACACACUCAUACACACACACACACACACACACACACACACACACGCACUCACACAUAUACUCACACACAUACUCACACACAUACUCACACACAUACUCACAUACACAUACACCAAGAGAGAGAGUGUGUGACUCUUGGGCUUUGUGUAGUGGUUGUUCUUCCUUCUUGCGUAUUACUUGUCUUUUUUUCCCUUCCUCCUUCUAAAGAUGGACAUGAUGAAAAAAGUGCUUCUUCUGACCCUGAGAUCUUUUCGUGAAGCAGCUCCAGCCGCCGGGGAAGGCGUUGGCGCAAAGCGACCUCGGCGCCAUGCGUCCAUCUUCAAUAUCGGGUCCGGUGUCUAAUACCACGUCGACGGGUCCGUGAAGAGAAGAAUGCGAUGCUACCGACUUCCACGUGUACAUACCUUACAUUAUUACCUUACCUUACAUGGGCGCGCAUCACUACCACCUCAAAAAUACCCACCCCGACAACGGACCCCCCCUCUCUCUGCACCCAUAAUGGUUCAGCCGAUACCGAAAUUAGCAUCAAACCAGCAUCGUUCUUCACGUGGUACGAAAAACCUUCAAACGUAAUCCCAGGAACUACCAAUGGGGGGGGGAGAGGUAAGGCGAUGUUGACGGCUCCAAAACUGCGUCGAGCAGCAUCAAACGGCGUGGGCCCGUCAUCUCCACAAAUCCCACAAAGUCAAGGACUAACCCGGUGAGUACAUAUAUACGAUGUAGUGGACAAAGUACUUUUCAGUGCGUAGUACUUGUACAAUGUAGUCUAUUUUCCUGAAAUCCUGAUGGUAGGCGGAAGGCUCCAGCCCAAGAUGCGGCUGUUCAUGCGGGAUUGCGGAGGAAGAGCCGGGGGGCCGGCCGGGGUAUCUUGUAAGACGACGAGGAUGACCUCACUUCCCUCCUAUCCUUACCCCGUUUUCCCCGCCUGGGUGGUUCGACGGUUCGACGGGAGGGAGGACAAGUGCUAGCUAGCUAGUGUCGAUGUGGGCACACUAGGGUCCGGGUGAUUUUCGAGCCAGAAGCAAGCAAGCAAGCUGUCCAAAGGGAAACCCGAGGCGCCGUGUUGCGAUGGAAAGCCGUGCCGUAUAUCGGGGGUUGUUGGGCAACCCCAGGCAGGGUGUACUCUACCGGUGACCGAGGCGGCUAUGAUUCACCUGUUGAAGCCUAUACUUACUACUGCGUUGUACUUACAACCCUACUCAUCC